UGGCUACCGGUGAUUCACACCUUUUAGUCGGAUGAACGUCGCCACUUACCUUGGCAUGUACACCUUUAAUUGGCCUAAUCUACACGGAGGCAUAUAAGGUCCAGGCCUGCCCUCAGUUGGUACACUUAUUAGCGAAGUUCAGACUAGCUCACACUGCUUCAGUUGGUGCUGCUGGACCCAGGGACAGACAUGGAUGAGACACGCACAGCACCAUUUAUGAUCGACGACUCCAUUUGCACACAGAGGAGAAAAUACAAGAGAUACUCCAAGAAUUACAGCACCUACCUUGGUUUGAUUGCCCAUGUGAUUCAAACCUCUCCAAACAAGAUGCUUACUUUCGGCCAGUUGAUGGAGAGCCUUGGCGCUUACGUCUCAGGUGAAAGAAGGGGACUGGAAAAUAACGUCAGAGUUUGUCUGUCAUCCAACGACUGCUUUGUCAAGGUUCCAGUGAAUCCCGAGUACCCUAACGCCAGACGGAACUACUGGAGAGUUGACGAAAGCCGCAUCACUCCAAAGAUGCUCCGACGCCAUUUCGGUGGCACCCUGGGCGUCAUGACAGAUUCGCCCGUCAGAUCUAAAUAUCAGCCCACGACUAAGGAGAAGACCGUCAACCCCAAAGAAAUCUCACCAGAGUUGGAAAAACGUCCCGUCAAAUUUACCAGCUCUUUCUCUAUUGAAUCACUCCUUCGAAAAGACCCUGACACCCGCUCCACACACCACACCACCCAACAAGCUAAUGCGCCCCAAGAUGUUAAGUUGUCGCCUGAUUCGUAUGUCUACUCACUGCACAUGAAGUUCGAAGUGAAUGAUUUCGAACCUCCAGUUACAGACUUUCCUGAGGGCGGCAUCCACCGCCUCUCACAGUGCGGCAGGCAGACGUACCACGACCUUUACGACCCGAUGCGCAACGGAUACACUCACCCCGCGGAAAGGCUGGCGAAGAGAGCGCGCGUGUCCACGCCGUUGGCGCUGUUUUCCGGGGCAGGUGUAGGUCCCUAUUUCAACUACGAGCACAUGUUCGCCCUGAAGAGAUGGUCUCUUGGCACGAAGACCUUUGAUUCCAGAAACUUUUGAUUUGAGUAUUGCUUUGUUGUAGGCUAUAUCAAUGUUUUGGCGCGUGACUGACUGUAUGCACUAACGAGACAUUUUCAAUGUUGCGACUUUCAGAUUAUUUUUUUUAUAUUUUUGUUGCAUUUUACUUGAGUGACUGAAUCAGUUUCAUGUUUAGCUGUGAUGUCUGGACUUUUGCAAUAAAACAGAAAAAAAAAAGUUAUGACUGGGGGUUCUUCCGGGGGUGGGGGUCAUCAUAUAUUAUGUCUGUGGCCUAGGCCCUAUGUUUGGGUUUGUGUAGGACUGGGUUUCCCAACCUUUUUUGUGGGUAAGUUCUGGGAAGACUGGAAUGUUAAUUGAACCUGUUUCAGUUCUAAAAAAGAGUUUGGC